AGUAGUGUUUUUUCUCGGCUUUGGCAGGCUGGUGUCUGGGCCGCUCCCGGCGACAGGAGCACCCCCUCCGGCAGCGCGAUGGCCCUUUCCCCGGGCCUCUUCCAGAAGGUGCUGGAGGAUCGGGAGUGCGGUCGGGGCUCGUGAGCUCCGUGGUCGCCGAAGCGGCGCUGUUCCCGCUGGACACCGUGAAGCUGCUCCACAGGUCCACGGCGGCAGCGCCGGGCAGGUCGUGCGGGGCGUCCUCAGCGAGAGGGGCUUCGCCGGCCUGUACCAGGGGCUGAUCGGGCGGCUGAUCCAGACCGUCACAUCCAACGUGGGCUUCUUCAUAUGGCAGACCAUCUUUGUGCAGGCGGCCCUGUCGCGCGUUCAGGGCGUCGCUGGUGACCGGCGACAGCUGGGCACUGGCCUCUCGCUGCUGGUGAACAUGUUCGCGCAGCAGUUCAAUCGCAUCCUCACUACCCCCGUCGACGUGGUCGCAAACGUGAACCAGGCCGACCCGAACUCGCGGGGCUUCUUUCACACGUUCGUCAGGCUUGCGCGCACAGGCGGGAGAGCCACCCUGUGGAGGGGCCUCAGCCUGGCCCUGCUCCUCUCCCUGAACCCCGCCAUGAUGUUCACCCUCGUGGGCAAGCUGUCGGCGCUCGUGCUGCGAGUGCGCGGCAAGGAGAGCCUGGCCGCGUCGGACAUGUUCUGGGUGUCCGGCAUCUCCAAGGCCGUAGCGACGCUGGUAACCUACCCCCUCAUACGCGCAAAGGCCGUGGCACAGACGAUGGGCUCCGACGGAGUCGUGGCCAGCCUCCGGGGAAUAGUGGAGACCGACGGCGUGAGAGGGCUCUACCAAGGCGUGUGGCUCCUGAGCUACAAAACCAUCCUGUUCAAUUCCAUGAUGAUGGCUCUGAAGCAGAAGUUCGCCGCUGUUCUGGACAGGCCAGUCGACAAGCGCGCGCCGCUGAGCAGGCAGCUGACCUGGAGGAAGCAGGAGGAGAACGAGCUGCGGCAGAAGACGCAGCUCGUCAAGGCCGACUCGUUCCCGUGGGACCACGAGGGCUCCGUCGUCUACGUGGACGGCGCGUGGUCUUUCCUGCACGAUGCUCAGCAGCACUUCUUGCGCGAGGCAAGCAGCCGCGGCGACUACCUGCUCGUCGGCGUCCACGGCGACCAGUGCCUGCGCGACGCGAUGGGCGCCUACCCGUCCGAGUGCUUCGCGGAGCGCGUGGGCCGCCUGAAGAAGCACCCGCUCGUGAGCGCCGUGGUGGAGGCCGCCCCCUGGGAGGUGACCGAGGAGACCUCGUCCGCGAGCUGGGCGUGCAGAAGGUCCUCGCGGGCUUCCCGAUCUCCAAGGUCCAGGACUGCCGCGGGCCCCAGGGCGGCGACGCGCUGGCCGCCGGCGACCCCUACGCGCACUGCCGGAGGCUGGGCAUCUUCGAGGAGCGACGGAACACGACGUCUGGCUCCGGAGCGUGCAGCGCAUCGUCUUCUCCAACGUGGACGCCUCCAUCGACUGGCGGAUCCUCGUCAGGGACGGCGUGCAGGGCGCGUUCGGCUCCAACCCCGGCUACGCCGGAGGCGGCUCGCCGCCGAGCGGCUCCGAGCGCCGCGCGCGCUCCGAGAGCCUCCCGCGCUCCGGCGAGUAGCGCCGGGAUCCGGCGCGCCGCGCCGCGCCGGGCGAGGGCGCUGCGCCCCCGCGGCGUCCUGAUCUCCGGGAAUUUGGACGAGCUGGCCCGGCAGAGCACCGUGAUAGCAGCAGGAGGUGCACGGCCGGGGCAGGGGCGGGGGCCCAGCCCCCUGCGCGCCGUGGUGUGCGUGUGCACAGAGAGGGGCCGUGGCCGUCCAGGGCCAGGGUGUGGCCGGGGUCGGGGACUUCCAAGGGGCCCUGUACACUGAAGACGUCAGCGGCCGUCGGAGGUCUGGGUCCCGCCCCCGCCGGGGGGCGCUUCCACGCCGCACCGG